ACUAACCAUGAACCAUUCAAUUGUCCAGACCAUCUCAGAGUGCUACAUCAAACCACUAUAUCCAGCAGAAGAGGUCAAGCCUCCCUUCCACUUGGCCUUCUGGGACAUAGCCAUGCUCUCUGUGCAUUACAUCCAAAAGGGUCAUCUGUUCAUUAAGCCCCAAAUAACAAGUGAUCAAGAAAACCCAGUUGAAUCCCUCCUAAAUAGGCUCAAGGAUUCCCUCUCUCUCACCCUGGUUCAUUUCUACCCCCUGGCCGGUCGAUUCGCAACCGUAAAACAAGAAAACCUGCCGUCUUACUAUGUGUACAUCGAUUGCAACACUAGUCCCGGAGCUAAAUUUAUCUAUGCAACUGCGGAUUUGACUAUCGCCGAUAUUCUUUCACCUGUUGAUGUUCCUGUAGUUGUUCAAUCCUUCUUUGAUCACGACAGGGCAGUUAAUCACGAUGGGCAUUCGAUGUCCCUGCUGUCAAUUCAAGUCACAGAGUUAAUCGAUGGGAUAUUCAUCGGUUGUUCAGCCAACCAAGCAGUUGUUGAUGGAACAUCUUUUGGUUAUUCAAUUUUGAUUAUUACAUUGCAGAUGCUCUUAGUAAUGCUUCUAUUAUAA